AGCCAGCUCCGCUCUGGAAUGACAGGCAUUCCUGCGUGAAGGGAGCUGGCACGGACGCCUAUUUAUGAGAAUCAAGUGCCCAACCAUGGGAUACGGGGAGAACUGGACCUGCACUGGGCUCUCAGACACCCGUGCUGUUGCCUGAGAGUUCCUCGCUCGACAGACUCUUUCCCAGUCCAAAGUGUGGAUUUAUCAUUUUAAAGGACUCUCUCAGGGUAGAUUUGUUUUUCCCCUCCUCUCGCCUCCUCCCGGAGAGCUGCUUUGAAAAGAAUCCGAUGGGGCAGCCACACUUCUCGAGACCGGUAAAUCCAGCUGCUUUCGCCGAAGAGGUGGAUCACCCCCCAACUGAUGCCAGCAUGGGGGUAGACGUUUUGGAAUCGGGUGACACCACACCUCCUACAAAGAGGAAAAGCAAGUUUUCAAGCUUUGGCAAGAUCUUCAAACCCUGGAAAUGGAGGAAAAAGAAAAGCAGUGACAAAUUUAAGGAGACUUCGGAAGUUUUAGAACGAAAGAUUUCUAUGCGAAAGCCAAGAGAGGAGCUGGUAAAAAGAGGGGUUCUGUUGGAAGAGCCUGAGCAGGAUGGGGAAGAACCAGAGAAGCUGAACCCACCUGCGCUGAAGAAUGGUCACACAGUCCCGAUCGGUGGUCCCAGUGUUUGUAACACAGCCGGCCAGGAAGAGGAGGCCACAAAGUCAUCCAACUUUAGGAAGCCUGUUCCAGCUGAGGAACCAAAGAAAAGGCAGGGCUCAUCCAGCAGCCAAUCUGGGCCCGAACUGGAUCCACCUCAGGAGCCAUAUGUUCCCAAACAGCCUUUGCUUCCUCCAAAAAGACCUCCCUCUACAUCCCAGGAGGCAAAUGAAGCGCAGGCGAAGGAUCCAACGCCUGCUAGCAGCACUGCAAAAACUGUACCCUCCACCACAGCCCCUGCUGUGGCAAAGACAGUGAAUUCCACCACUGCCCCUUCCCCAGCCCCCAGGACUCUGCCCCUGGCUCUCGCCAGUGCCAACACUACUGCUCCCACGACCACAACCAGCACAGCUCCUGCCAAACAGCCUCCCGUCCCUCCUCCCAAACCUGUCAACAGAAAUAGCAACUCAGUAAUAGCUGAACUUUCUCAAGCGAUGAACAGUGGUACAGCCUUGUCCAAGCCUUCCCCUCCUCUCCCGCCGAAGCGAGGCCUCCUGCCUAACACCACAUUGGAGGCAGCGAUUGCAUCCAAGCCCCCGAACGACAGGACGGUGACAUCUAACCGCCCCGCGCCGAUACCACUACACGUGGCCUCUGCUUACCCACCGCCCUCACCUUCGCCGCCGCUGCCCACGCACAUCCCACCCGAGCCUCCGCGUGUGCCCCUGCCCACCUCCACCCCUCUCCUGGACCAUCCUCGCUCCCUAGACCUACCCAAAGAGACUCCUCCUGAAGACUUCAGGUCACUGGAAGUGUCAAAAAGGACAGCAGAGCAAGGGUUUGCAGAACCACACAUGCUCCCUCGCCUGCCCCAAAUCCCGUUGCACAUCCGUAUCCAGCAGGCUCUGGCCAGUCCUCUGCCUGCCACCCCACCUGCCGAGGGCUCGCACAGGGCUCACUCACUGCUCUUUGAGAACGAUGGCUUUGGAGAAGACAACGGCACCCUGGGCAGGACGAGGUCCCUGCCUGUCACCAUCGAGAUGCUGAAAGUUCCAGACGAUGAGGAAGAAGAAGACGAUGACCAGGAAGAGGAGAAGAAUUUGGGUCCCCACGUGUAUAUUGGAGAUGUGCCAUCUGUCACAGUCAUCCCCAAACUGGUACCCCAGGUCCUGCCAGAGGAGCAGGAAGGAGACGAAGGGAUGAGCGACUCGGACUCGGAGGGGCCCAUCCUGUACAAAGAUGAUGAGGAUGAGGAAGAAGAUGAAAGCCACAACAGCACGCUGGCUAACAAAGUGAAGAGGAAAGACACGCUAGCUAUAAAGCUGGGGAACACAACCGUACUGCAGGAGGAGAAGAUUGUCUUCCCUCGGAAGAGCAAGGAGGAGUGGAAUGAAAUUCGGCACCAGAUUGGGACAACACUGAUCAGGCGACUGAGUCAGAGGCCGACAGCGGAAGAACUCGAGCAAAGGAACAUACUUCAGCCGAAAAAUGAAGCGGACCGUCAAGCUGAGAAGCGAGAGAUCAAGCGCAGGCUCACCAGAAAGCUUAGCCAAAGGCCUACAGUGGCAGAGCUGCAGGCCAGGAAGAUCCUGAGGUUUAAUGAAUAUGUGGAAGUAACAGAUGCUCAAGACUACGACCGGCGAGCGGAUAAGCCAUGGACAAAGCUAACGCCAGCUGACAAGGCUGCCAUCCGGAAGGAGCUGAAUGAGUUUAAGAGCUGUGAAAUGGAAGUCCAUGAGGACAGCAAGCAGUUCACGAGGUACCAUCGACCUUAAUCUUCCGAGAAGGAAGCAAGAGACCCAAGAGCACUGGAAGUUCUCUGUGUCCCUCUUCUAGGCAAUACAGCAAGGGUGGCACCUCGCCUAUCCCAAGAUUUGCCUUCAAAACAUAUCCAGAAAAGGGCUUUCAGCCAGGGAAGGGAGAAUCCUGUCUGAAUGUAGCAUUUCACUGGAACAAACACGUCUCGAGUGCCAUCAGGCUGGAAUGGAACACUAUACCUCGCGCGACUCAGCAAUACGCCUCUGCUCUGGCGCCAGCGUCCCUGCCAGGAGACCACGUACAUGUGAAUGAACGCUUCGUUCCCCAGCUCCCUUUCUCAGCCCUGACAAGCCCAGUUCUCAGCUGUAUCUACUCCUUUUGAGGGUGAAACUCCUUUGUUUUCCUCUGCCUUACCAAGAGGAGGAGGGGGGAAACCCCCAGCAGCUCUGGUGUUGGAAAGCUCGAGGAACGGAGAGCAGAUGUGCUAGGAAGCAUGUGUAUAUAUUAGCUGUGUACAGAGAACCCUGCGCAGAUGCCGAUCUGGCAGACAACUGACAUGACUUGGACUCUUUUUUGGUUUUGCUUGCGUCUCUGUCGUGUCCUUAAAUGUCCUGAAUCACUACUGACCAACGGUUUGUUGUCCUGGAAGGGAAUUGUGUAGAUAUUAACAUAUGCUGCAUCUUUUUUUUUUUUCUUUUUGUAAAGAAAAAGGAAAAACAGAAACCACAAGUGUAUAAAACAUUCCCUCCCCGCGCUCUCCUACUCGCUGGGAUGGAUCCGAGAUCUCCAGGCUUGUGUAACGAAUUGCAGACCCAGGAAAAGACUGCUGCCUUUUAAGAACUUUUUAAUUUGGGGAAUUCUUUUUAUUGUGGCUUCCUCUCGGAUGUUUUUUUUACUUUCCCAAAUCAGGUUGAAACUUGCCUUUCCUCAUUUUUAACAGCUGAACCUACUGGAAACUUGAUAAUUUUACUGUGUGGGUGGAAAAGAGGGGAAGAAGGUUUAAAAAGUGACCUUAAAAAAAAAAAAGAGAAGUCUUUCUCUUUUGAGAACAAUCUCAUAUGGAUUCUUCCCAAAUGUGGGUUAAGAAAUCUGGCGUCAGCCACUGCUGUAUCAUGCACAAACCCCAAUCCCAGGUGUGAGGUGCCACUAACAGUGAAGAACGGAGCGCUGAGGAGGGUGUGGGAGUGAAGAAAGGGCUCGCCCUGUUCCCAGAUCCAUCCUCGGACGGAUGAGCCUGGGUCGAGCCCCUCAGCGCUGCUCCCUGGGCACGCGUUGUAUGUCAGCCUCCUCAUCCACAGAUUUUAAUUAUGGAAUAAAAGU